AUGCUCAAAGACAUGUUGCAUCGUCUUUCGAAUACGAUUGCAGACGAAGCGGUUGAAAUCCAGGGAUUUGCUAUGCAAAUUUUGAUGACAUUGAAUGCAAUCACCGCCGAGCUUGAUUCUGAGAAAUUGAUUGAUUUUCCACAAUUGUUUUGGUCUGGUGUGGCGUGCCUCAGUACGGUUCACGAGCACGAGUUUAUUGAGACAAUUUCCACAAUGUCCAAAUUUGUUUCCAAGAUUGACCUUGAUGCUCCUGAUACUAUUUCAUGUUUGAUUGCAACGUUUCCUUCUAAAUGGGAGGGAAAGUUCGAAGGUUUACAAGAACUUGUCUUAGUCGGCUUAAGAUCUGCUACAGCAUGGGAACCAACUAUCAAGUUUCUUGACAAAUUAAACCGACUCAAGGAUAGUGAUAUCAUUGGAUCGGGAGACUCUAGGUUGCUCACGUCUUUGAUCGCCAACUUCCCUAGGUUUUUACAUGCAUUAGACCAGAAGAAAAUCACUUUGGAGAUCGAAGAGGCGUGUCUCCUAAUUGGUAACAUGGCCACAAACAAUGGUAAGCCAGGAAUAGCGAGAAUUUUGAACUCUCUUGCAAAAAACAGAUUCAGAUCCAAAAAGGACUUUUUGGUGCAGACCAUUUCCAGUAUCAGAUCCAGUUUCUUCCCCGAAUACGAGUCACAGGCGCUCAUUCUUUUGUUGAGCUUCCUUUCCAAUAAACUUGGAUGGAUCAAAUUAGAAACAUUGGGCAUCUUGGAAGUACGUUUUCCCUUACGUGAAUUUGCAUAG